AUGGAUUACAACUCAACACAAGACAACUGUGAUGACCCAAUGGCAUCCCUGCUGUCUCCAAUGGCUUUUUCCAGUUCUUCAGACCUUACUGGUACUCAUACCCUGGCUCAGCUCAACCAAAGAAUUGGAGCUGGUGGUUGGUCUCCAGCAGAUUCUAAUGCUCAACAGUGGCUCCAGAUGGAUCUGGGAAACCGAGUGGAAAUUACUGCUGUGGCCACACAGGGAAGGUACGGAAGCUCUGACUGGGUGACAAGUUACAGUCUGAUGUUCAGUGACACAGGACACAACUGGAAACAGUACAAGCAAGAGGACAGCAUCUGGACAUUUGCAGGAAACAUGAAUGCUGACAGCGUGGUGCACCACAAGUUACUACACUCGGUGAGGGCCAGGUUCAUUCGCUUUGUGCCCCUGCAAUGGAAUCCAACUGGAAAAAUUGGCAUGCGGGUUGAGGUCUAUGGAUGUUCCUAUAAAUCAGAUGUUGCUGACUUUGAUGGCCGAAGUUCCCUUCUAUACAGAUUCAAUCAGAAGCUAAUGAGCACUCUCAAGGAUGUGAUUUCCCUGAAGUUUAAGAGCAUGCAAGAGGAUGGAGUUCUGUUCCAUGGAGAAGGUCAACGUGGAGACCACAUUACCCUAGAGCUCCAGAAGGGGAUGCUGGUCCUGUACCUCAACUUGGAUGACAGCAAAGUUCGGAUCAGCAGCAGCCCACCCUCAGCCACCCUGGGCAGCCUCUUGGAUGACCAGCACUGGCACUCGGUCCUCAUUGAGCGGGUUGGCAAGCAGGUGAACUUCACCAUGGACAAACACACACAGCACUUUCGCACCAAGGGUGAGGCUGAUGCCUUGGAUAUUGACUAUGAGCUUAGUUUUGGAGGAAUUCCAGUACCAGGCAAACCUGGGACCUUUUUAAAGAAAAACUUCCAUGGAUGCAUCGAAAACCUUUACUACAAUGGAGUAAACAUAAUUGACCUCGCUAAAAGACGAAAGCAUCAGAUUUAUACAGGCAAUGUUACUUUUUCCUGCUCCGAACCACAGAUUGUUCCUAUCACAUUUGUCAACUCCACAUGCAGUUAUUUGCUGCUGCCCGGGACCUCCCAAAUUGAUGGACUCUCAGUGAGUUUCCAGUUUCGAACAUGGAACAAGGAUGGUCUGCUUUUGUCCACACAGCUGUCUGAGGGCUCAGGGACCCUGCUGCUGAGCUUGGAGGGUGGAACCCUGAGACUCGUGAUUCAGAAAAUGGCAGAAUGUGCAGCUGAAAUCCUCACAGGCAGCAACUUGAAUGAUGGCUUGUGGCAUUCAGUUAGCAUCAAUGCCAGAAGGAACCACAUCACUCUCACUCUAGAUAAUGAUGCAACCUCCCCAGCUCAGGACACUACCCCCAUGCAGAUUUAUUCGGGAAACAGCUACUACUUUGGAGGGUGCCCUGACAAUCUCACCGAUUCCCAAUGUUUAAAUCCUACUAAGGCUUUCCAAGGCUGCAUGCGGCUCAUCUUUAUUGAUAACCAGCCCAAGGACCUCAUUUCAGUUCAGCAAGGUUCCCUGGGGAAUUUUAGUAAUUUACACAUUGAUCUGUGUAGCAUCAAAGACAGGUGUCUGACAAACUACUGUGAACAUGGAGGAAGCUGUUCCCAGUCCUGGUCCACUUUUUACUGUAACUGCAGUGAUACAGGUUACACAGGUGCCACUUGCCAUAACUCCCUCUACGAGCAAUCCUGUGAGGUGUACAGGCACCAAGGGAACAUGACCGGUUUCUUCUACAUUGAUGUGGAUGGCAGUGGACCCCUGGGACCGCUCCAAGUGUACUGCAAUAUCACUGAGGAUAAAAUCUGGACAUCGAUUCCACACAAAAAUAUGAAGCUGACACACGUGCAGGGUGCAGACCCUGAGAAGCCCUACUUCAUGGUCCUAGAUUACAGUAGCAGCAUGGAGCAAUUGGAGGCUGUGAUCGAUGGCUCUGACCACUGUGAGCAGGAGGUAGCCUACCACUGCAGGAAGUCCCGCCUGCUCAACACACCAGAUGGAACACCGUUUACGUGGUGGAUUGGGCGGUCAAAUGAAAGCCAUCUUUACUGGGGUGGCUCUCCUCCUGGAGUUCAGCAGUGUGAAUGUGGCCUGGAUGAGAGCUGCCUGGACAUCCAACACUUUUGCAAUUGCGAUGCUGACAAGGAUGAAUGGACAAAUGAUACUGGCUUUCUUUCCUUCAAAGACCACUUGCCUGUCACUCAGAUAGUUAUCACUGACACCAACAGAUCAAAUUCAGAAGCUGCUUGGAGAAUUGGGCCUUUGCGUUGCUAUGGCGACCGACACUUCUGGAAUGCAGUCUCAUUUUACACAGAAGCCUCUUACCUCCACUUUCCAACCUUCCAUGCGGAAUUCAGUGCUGACAUUUCCUUCUUUUUUAAAACCACGGCAUUAUCUGGAGUUUUCCUAGAAAAUCUUGGCAUUAAAGACUUCAUCCGACUUGAAAUAAGCUCUCCUUCCAAGAUCACUUUUGCCAUUGAUGUGGGGAACGGCCCUGUGCAGCUCAUAGUCCAGUCGCCUUCUCCUCUGAAUGACAACCAAUGGCAUUAUGUCCGGGCUGAGAGGAACCUCAAGGAGACCUCACUCCAGGUGGACAGCCUUCCUCGAAGGGUCAGAGAGACUUCGGAGGAGGGCCAUUUCCGAUUGCAGCUGAAUAGCCAGUUAUUUGUAGGAGGAACAUCGUCAAGACAGAAAGGCUUUCUAGGAUGCAUUCGCUCCCUAAGUCUGAAUGGGCAGAAACUGGACCUUGAGGAGAGGGCAAGAGUCACAUCUGGAGUCCGUCUGGGAUGCCCUGGCCAUUGCAGCAGUUAUGGUAGCACUUGUCACAAUGGGGGCAAAUGUGUGGAAAAGCACAGUGGCUACUUCUGUGAUUGUACCAACUCACCGUAUGAAGGGCCCUUUUGCAAAAAAGAGGUUUCUGCACUUUUCAAAGCUGGCACUUCAGUUACAUAUAUGUUUCAAGAACCUUACCCUGUGACCAAGAAUAUAAACAUCUCAUCCUCAGCUAUUUAUGUGGAUGUGGCUCCAUCCAAGGAGAAUAUUGCAUUUAGCUUUAUGACAACACAAGCACCCAGCCUCUUGCUCUACAUCAAUUCCUCUUCUCAGGACUUCCUGGCAGUCCUACUCUGCAAAAACGGAAGCUUACAGGUUCGUUAUCAGUUAAGCAAGGAAGAAAGCCAUAUCUUCACCAUUGAUGCAGAGAACUUUGCCAACAGAAAGAUACACCUCUUGAAGAUUAACCGAGAGGGGAGAGAGCUCACCAUUCAGGUGGAUCAGCAACCCCAGUUAAGUUAUAACUUUGCCCCAGAUGUCGAAUUCAGGGCUCUCAGAUCACUCACUUUGGGCAGAGUUACAGAUGAUCUUGUACUGGAUUCCGAAGUUGCCAAAGCAAAUACCCUGGGUUUUGUUGGAUGCCUGUCUUCUGUACAGUACAAUCACAUAGCACCACUGAAGGCAGCCCUGCGGCAUGCCACCAUCGCACCUGUGACUGUUCAAGGGACCUUGACAGAAUCUAGCUGUGGCUCUUUGAUGGAUUCAGACGUGAAUGCAGUAACUACAGUGCAUUCCUCAUCAGACUCUUUUGAGAAGACAGAUGAGCAAGAACCACUCACCAAUGCAGUUCGAAGUGAUUCAGCCGUAAUUGGAGGGGUGAUAGCAGUGGUGAUCUUCAUCAUCUUCUGUAUCAUUGGCAUCAUGACCCGACUCCUUUAUCAGCACAAACAGUCACAUCAUUCUAAUCAGAUGAAGGAAAAGGAGUAUCCAGACAAUUUGGACAGUUCCUUUAGAAAUGACAUUGACUUGCACCACCCCGUGAGUGAGUGUAAGCGGGAAUAUUUCAUUUGA